AUGUCCAAGCAAAGACCCCUCGCCGGAUACUGCAAUACUAUCCGUCGCAUCGCAUAUUUCACACAGGCCUUGGCUCCUGCCUUCCGUUCCAUAAAGUGGCAGGUCGCUGAACACCUUGAAUACGACAGCACGCUCGAACAACGAUGGGCUCAGUUUCUCAAGGAUUACGAAGCGGUUGUCGACGACUCACGAACUGCGGCGACCAAGUUGUCUGCGAUCAUGAACAUGUACACGUCAUUACUCAGUGCGUUCCAGGGAGCGGAAAGUGCUGAUGUUGUGCACGAACUGGUGACAUUCAAGAAGUCUGUCUCGGGCGCCGUUCCGAACGACUUCGAGGUUCGGCUGGAGGCCCUCAAGCGCGCUGUCAGUCAAUUUUUGAGCUCGCUGUCACCACACGCAGGAAGGGCUGAACUGAAGGGUUGGCUAGGGUCUACAUCAGCCGCAAUCCAAGCGGUUGUAUACCACCUGCUCUGGACCCCAUUACUCCACGUCGGCGGAAUGCUCGCGCCGAGGCCGGCCAACGGAUUCAACCAGGUUGGCGAGCCGAAUCGAGGACAGGUUGAGGAAGGGAAUACUUUUAAUGAGGACCCCGACUCGGCUCAGGACGUGAUCACAAACAUCAAGAACACGUUGGUCUCGCUCGAAGCGCAGAAACCGCUUUUCGGCGUAUUCCAACAGAUCGCGGAUGAGCUUGCAGCAGAGUUCGAGCGGUACUCCGCUGCGCUCGAGGCUGUGAAGGACGUUCCAAAGUCACCGUCAUACACCGAGGCCGUGGGGAAAGUUCACGCAAACGCCGCGUCGCGGGGAGAGGAGUGGAAGGAGCUCGCUCGGGUUCUCACCAACGAGUACGCAAGAGCUUGA